AAAUGAAAUAAUGGGUAUAAAAUGCGGUAAAGACUUACAAACAAAUGAAUAAGCCAGAUGACAAAUUGAAUAUUAAAAAAUUUUCAAGUCUCUAAUAUCCAUAAUGUCCAUUUGGAGGUGAUCAUAGUGGAGAAACAAUGAGUUUAAUUUGUCUAGAGAAAGAUUGUUUAUAAAAUCAAAUUUUGUGUUGUUGUAUAUGUUAAGAAGAAUUUCAUAAAGGACAUCAAUUAAAACCUUUAAAACUCUUGUUAUGCGAAUAUGAUUAAUAAUUGAGGUAUAUCGUUUCUCAAUAUAUAGAGAACAUUAAAAUAUUUCUUUAAAAUAAAAUGAAAAGGAUAUGCUAAUAAAGAAGAUUAAUGAAUAGGAAGAAAAAUAAUUGAUUUACAUUGAAGAGUUAAAGGAACAAAUAAACAAUAAAUUAUCAAAAAUUGUAAACUUAGAAAGAGAUUUUUUUGAAAAUUUAAGAAAGUUUGUAAAAAUGAGAGAAUUUAGUAAUGGAAAUUAAUGUAAAUAUAUAUAAAUGAAUAUGUAUUAAUAGAAACAGUAAUAGAAACUAUUAUAUAAAAUCAAACAAAUGUAGAAUAGUUAAGUAGUUCAGUUAAGAGUUUACUAGAUGCAUUAGUAGUUUAAGAGAUGCCCGAGAAAGAUCUAAAUUAUGAAGAAAUCAGCAGAAUAUUCGAUUUUCAUAUAAAAGAUUAAAAAGAUCAUUUAUAAUAAUUAGAGAAGCAAUUCAAUUAGGGAAUAGAAUAAUAGAUAGAUUUAUUAUAAUAAAAAACAUAGAAAACAAUAUUUUAGAAAUCAUAUCAAUUUUAAUUUUUAGCAAACAAUAAACAUCCAUAAGUUGAUAUAAUAUAGCCAAAGAUUGUAAAAGGUAUAAAUAUAAUUGGUAAUAAAUAUUAUAGCAAGUAAUUCAACACAUGGAUAUAAAUUUGCUGUAAUGACACCAUCUUUAGAUAAAAACUAAACGACAGUAUUUGGUUUUAAAUUAAUUGUAAAAUUAUUAUUAAACUUAUCUAAUAAAGAAUGUUCAUUAAAGUAAUUGGAUAGCAGUUGGUGUAUGUGAUUUAUCGAUAGUGUAAACUAAAUAAUUCGGAUUUGCAUUUUAAUCACUUGGACAUGGAGGAUAUAUGGUUUCAUCAAAUGGUGGUGCAUGGUCUAGUACAACAUCUAAUUAGAAUAAUGUUGUUAAAUGUUUUAAAUUUGGAAAAGGAGAUACAAUUGUUUGUACAUAUGAUCCAAAGAAUGAAAUUAUUAUAUUUCAUAAACAAAAGGUUAAAUUUUAUUAUAUUUCAGUCUAGCACAACAUUCAAACUUGAUAUUCCAAAAUCUGAUCAUGAUUUAUAUCCUUGUGUUUUAUUUUAUUAUGCUUUAGAUGAAGUGGAAUUCAUAUCACCUGAAGGAAUAAAUAAAUAAUGA